UAUAAUUUUUUGGCAUGCCAGCCGGCUGGUCGGCAUCCCUACUCGAUCGAUCUGGUAUAGCUCCCAUCAGCCAUUUCUUGUUGCUUGUUGUACUAAGUUGCAACCCCUGGUUCGGUUCGCGCGCUAUAUAAAGAGGUAGACUGAGGCGCCCUUGCCAUUCAAGCAUCUCUUGGAGUAGUAAGGUCGUCGUUGCCAUGGAUCGCGUUUCCAAUGCUGUGCACAUCCAGAUGCCUGCGCCGGCGCAACAAUCCUCUGCUCCCAUGGCCCAGCCACCGACGGGCGUCGCGCCGGCCGACAAGACGCUCUCGAGCGCGUCGGACCUCCUGAAGCUCCUGCCGACGGGCACGGUGCUGGCCUUCCAGGCGCUGGCGCCUUCCUUCAGCAACAACCAUGGCGUCUGCCACGCGGCCAACAGAUACCUGGUCCAGGCGCUCAUCGGCGGCUGCGCCGCCUCCUGCGUGCUCCUCUCCUUCACGGACAGCCUCGUCGGCCGCGACGGCAGGCUCUACUACGGCGCGGCCACCUUCGGGGGCUUCUACCCUUUCAACUUCACCGGCACGCGCGCCGAGCGGGACGCGGUGUUCAAGGACCUCUCCAGGUUCCGGGUCACGCCCAUGGACUUGGUGCACGCCGUCGUCUCCGCGCUCGUGUUCCUCGCCGUCGCGUUCGCCGACGCCGGCGUACAGGGCUGCCUGUUCCCGGACGCCGCGAGGGACUUGAGGGAGCUGCUGGUCAACUUGCCGGUUGCCGCUGGCUUCCUCGCUAGCAUGGUGUUCAUGAUCUUCCCCACCACCAGGAAGAACAUCGGCUACACGGAUAUGAUGCCCCACUCGCAGUGACAACGCUCAGGCUCAGCAAACGAACGUGGUGGAGCUCAUUCAUUCCCUUGGUCUUGUUUUUCUUAAGCCAAUCCGUUUUAAACUUGACCAAACUAGCAGCACGGCGACCCUUACAGAUACGAGAGCAUCAUCUUUAGUGUCUCAAAAUUGGUAUUGUUUAUUUUUUUAUCUCAUGUAGAUUUUUUUUUCUUCCUACUAUUAUUUACCUUCUUCAUUUCAAAGUGCGUGACUUUUGGACAUGAGUACAUUAUGAAGAUGUGACUUUGACAUUUACUUUGUACUACCUCAAUUCAGGUUUAUUAGUCCCUCUCUUAUUUGGGCUAAAUUUGACCAUAAAUUUAGGACGUCGAUAUCUCCCGAACGUUCGGGCUGGGAGGUGAGCGAUCCGAACGAAUCGUUAG